AUGCAAUCUUCCUAAGAGAAACUGCCUUAUUUAUAACUCAAUAAUCGGAGAUCCUGUUCUAUGGCCAACUCAAAUCCUGCAAUCUAGAAGCUGAAAGACACCUUACUUGUUGAGAAUCAAUCUAGCAGAAGUUAUUUAGGCAGGAAAUAAGGAGAUAUUUUGGAUUCAAUCCUAGAAGAUGCAAGCUUGAUAAUCAACAAUAAAUUACUUGAAUAAAAUGUCUAUAAAUUGAAGGAUUUAGGCUUAUUGAAAUAAUAUGAUCCUACAGUAGCAGUUUAAUAGGGAUUUAAAAAAAGCAAUUAUGUUUUGAAUGAUUAUCAUAGUAAAAGCACUACUAAUGGAUAUUCUAGAAAUUAUGGAGGUCUAUUCUACAAUAGAUGAUAAUAUUAUAUGCAAAAAUUCAGUAUUUCUUAAAUAAUACUAAUACUAAUU